GAUAGACUUGAUCCAGCUGAUGUUCAAAAUACUUGUCAUGUGUGGCACGUAAAUGUAGAAGCCCUUCCAGAAUGGAUAAACUGCCUGAUACAAAAAACCCAGCGGACAGUUGGAAAACUGAAUUGUCCUUUCUGUGGGGCCCGUGUAGGGGGCUUUAAUUUUGUCAGCACGCCAAAAUGUUCUUGUGGCCAACUUGCAGCUGUACAUCUCUCCAAGAGCCAGACAGAUUAUCAGCCAAUAAGGACAGGCCGACUAAUGAGACCAUCGCUGAAAUACUUGUCACAUCCUAGAGUUCAGUUAGGUUGUGACAAGGAAACUCUGCUGACAGGUAACACCUCUGAGAAAAGAAGUCUUGGGCUUUUAAACAUGGCCCAAAAUAAUUAUGGUCCUGGAAGAUUAACAGAAGCACUCUGCCUGGAGGUGCGAUCAACGUGUUUUGAGAUGGAGAAUGAAAAACUGCUCUACAAAGCAUCAGAUUCAAAAUACCAGCUUUUUGUUCCGCAGCUGGUGACUGGCAGAUGCACUGCGAGAGCUUUUCAUAGAAAAUCACAUAGUUUGGAUCUGAACAGCAGUGAGAAGCUGAUUUUAUUACCUACUUUUUAUGAAAUACAUAGUAAGACUACUGCCUGUUCUAGGCUAAAUGAAACACAACCUAUUGACCUUUCUGACUUGCCUUUAGAAAGUAGUAAAAAUAGCUGUUCCUUUCAGAAUCCAUCGAGUUUUGAUCCUAAUAUGGUACUGCAAAGAUUUUCAGUGGCUCCCUGUGAGAACCAGACACAAAGAGGAAGCGAAUUUCAGUGUAGUCUAGAAGCUUCUGCAGUAUACUCUGAUCAUGCUAGUUCCAACAACCUGACUUUCCUGAUGGACCUGCCCUUGGCUGGCAGGAACAUGCUUGAGUCCUCAGAACAGGAAGACCACCUCUCCCCUCUGGACUUCUUGAACUCGGCCACUUUUUCACUGGGCACCAUUAACCAGAGGCUCAAUAAGAGAGAAAGGAGCAAGUUGAAGAAUCUAAGGAAACAACAAAGGCAUGAAAGAUGGCUACAGAAGCAGGGUAAAUACUCAGGAGUAGGAUUGCUGAAUCAUAUGACUUUGAAUAAUGAGAUGAGUACAGAUGAUAAUGCAUAUACAGAGGAAAAGGAAAGCUACAUUUGUGCAGUGUGUCUGGAUGUUUAUUUCAACCCUUACAUGUGUUAUCCUUGCCACCACAUCUUCUGUGAGCCAUGUUUACGGACUCUGGCCAAAGACAAUCCUGCAAACACUCCCUGCCCUUUGUGUCGAACAAUUAUUUCUAGAGUCUUUUUCCAGACAGAACUGAACAAUGCCACAAAAACUUUCUUUACUAAAGAAUAUUUGAAAAUAAAACAAAGCUUUCAGAAAUCCAGUUCUGCAAAAUGGCCGCUACCAAGCUGCAGAAAAGCAUUCCAUCUUUUUGGAGGUUUCCACAGACAUGCAGCUCCAGUUACAAGAAGGCAGUUUCCACAUGGUGCACAUAGAAUGGAUUAUCUGCACUUUGAGGAUGAGAGCCGUGGAUGGUGGUUUGACAUGGAUAUGGUGAUCAUCUAUAUUUACUCAGUGAACUGGAUUAUUGGAUUCAUUGUUUUCUGCUUUCUUUGCUAUUUUUUCUUUCCAUUUUAG